CUUUAUGCUGAUUGGACUCUAGGUGGAGGGAGUUGACAAUCCUUUUCUAUACAAACCCAAACAAACCCCUCUCACAAACCCAUCACCCCAUUUUCCUCCCAAUUUCUGCUCUCACCACUCUCCUACUUUUCCGAAAAAGAUGAGCAACCAAAAUGGAAGCGAGUCCUCAGCUAAAAAGAAACCAACUCCCAAACUGAAUGAGAGGAUCCUCUCAUCUUUGUCAAGAAGAUCAGUUGCUGCUCACUCCUGGCAUGAUCUCGAGAUUGGACCUGGAGCACCAGAAAUUAUUAAUGUUGUGAUUGAGAUUCCAAAAGGAAGCAAAGUGAAAUAUGAGCUUGACAAGAAAACUGGUCUCAUCAAGGUUGAUCGUAUACUGUAUUCGUCGGUUGUCUAUCCUCACAAUUAUGGUUUCAUUCCUCGAACUCUAUGUGAAGACAAUGACCCUAUGGAUGUCUUAGUCAUUAUGCAGGAACCUGUGGCUCCUGGUUGUUUCCUACGAGCCCGGGCCAUAGGCCUGAUGCCGAUGAUUGAUCAGGGAGAGAGAGAUGAUAAGAUCAUUGCAGUAUGUGCUGAUGACCCUGAGUAUCGCCACUAUACCGACAUCAGCCAGCUCCCACCUCAUCGUCUUGCUGAAAUCCGGCGCUUCUUUGAAGACUAUAAGAAGAACGAGAACAAGGAGGUUGCAGUCGAUGAGUUUUUGCCUUCAGGUACUGCCUUAGAAGCCAUCCAGCACUCCAUGGACCUUUACGCCGAGUACAUCAUGCAUACCUUAAGGAAGUGAAUGAAUUCAAAGGAAAGAUGCACAACUUGUUUUUUAUGAUUUGUCAUUGUAAUUUUGUUUUGUUGAGUUUUGGAUUUUGAGUGAUACUGCACAGAAGAUUUCCGAAGAAACAACUUGUAAUUUGUUACAUGCCAAGGGAAGCAUAGCAUAGCCAAAUGCCAGUUUAUCUUUCGUACUUUGUUCAUCAAAACAAUUUAAUGUUCUGUAAUUCUCAGCCCCCUUUAUGAAAAAGUACCCAUUUUGAACA